AUGAAAGGUGCCUCCAUUGGCCAACGCCGCCUGCCCAAGGAUUCCCACUCCAUCAAGGCCUUCGACGCCCUCCCCCUCCCUCUGUACCUCACCAAUGCCGUCUUCUUCACUCUCUUCUUCUCCGUCAUUUAUUAUUUGCUCCUCAAAUGGCGAGAGAAGAUCUGUAACUCCACCCUCCUUCAUCUAUCUCCUCGGCUUCUUCGGUUGAUGCUCAAGGAGGAUACUCGUGCCGUCCCCUACGCCGCAGCGGCCCCUCAAUUCGACGAUUCCUCCGAGGAGGACGAGGAGAUAGUCAAGUCGGUGGUGGAGGGCAAGACCCCUUCAUAUGCCCUAGAAUCGAAGCUCGGAGAUUGCCGUUGCGCUCCCGCCAUCCGCCGUGAGUCCUUGCAGCAUAUCACCGGCAAAUCCCUCACCGGAUUGGUCGUGAAAGGCUUCAAUUACGAGGCCAUACUAGGACAGUGCUGUGAAAUGCCCGUGGGUUACGUGCAGAUUCUCGUUGGGAUUGCAGGACCGCUAUUGUUGGAUGGAAGAGAGUACUCGGUUCCCAUGGCCACGACGGAGGGUUGCCUGGUGGCAAGCACAAUCAGAGGUUGCAAGGCCAUCUAUGCCAUCAUCAAGGAGGAGAUUGUGAAGAAGGUUCUCAAGACUGAUGUUGCUUCAUUGGUGGAGCUGAACAUGCUCAAGAACUUGACGGGUUCGGCCAUGGCAGGAGCUCUGGGUGCUGUGGUGACGAUGGGGAGGCUGAUUUUGGGUUUUUUUUUAUCGGACGGAGCACGGCGCGUGUAG